GCCUGCUACCAUUAGUGUAAGACGCCCCCAAUCGAUUACCUACCAUUCUACCUUCUAAUUCCCAAUUGCAGCUCGAGCAAUCCAUCAUACCCGCAAACAAUCCACUUCGAGUUAUAGAUACCCCACCAUCACCUCGAGCUACAGCAACAACACAUCGUCAUCAUCAUGGUCGACCGUGCGAACCGCCCAUCAGCGCUGAACGCACCUACCGCGUCCGCACCCGGCCCCCAGGUCGACAUCGUCGGAGAGGGUGGCAGCCAGAAGGUUGUCGCGAGACUGCCGUCUGGUGAGAGCGUUGAGGUGCUGCUCUUUGGAGCCACCGUUACUAGCUGGAAGAGCAACGGCGGAAAGACUGAGAACCUCUGGUUGAGCGAUGCAGCCGAUUUGACUGGCAAGAAGCCUGUACGCGGUGGCAUCCCCGUCGUAUUCCCCGUCUUCGGCCCUCCUCCCAAGGAGGGACACGCCACUUCGUCGCUUCCACAACACGGUUUCGCGCGUGGAUCGCGCUGGGAGUAUAUGGGCAAGUCGACUGCGGAGGAUGCUCUCGACUCAGACUCGGUCAAGCUCGACUUUGGCCUCGACCGCCAGUCGCUCAGCGAGGAGUCGCGCAAGGCAUGGCCGCUGGACUUUGGCCUCGUAUACAGCGUCACAUUGAGCAAGGACAGCCUACAGGCAGUUCUCACCGUCCGCAACGAGGGUGAGGAGAGUUUCGAGUUCCAGUUCCUGCUCCACACCUACUUCAGGAUUCAGGACGUGUCCAAGAUCGCCAUCACCGGCCUGUCUGGCACCGAGUACAUCGACAAGGUCCUCAACGCCUCUACCCACACCCAGAGUGACAACCAGCUCAAGAUCACAGGCGAGACAGAUCGCGUCUACAAGGACAUCAAGCAGGACACGACAUCGAUUACCGAAGACGGCAAGCCUCGCUUUGACGUCAUCCGCGACAACGUCAAGGACACUGUCACCUGGAACCCGUGGAUCGAGAAGGCCAAGGCCAUGGGCGACUUCUCACCCGACGACGGCUACAAGAACAUGGUCUGCGUCGAGAUCGGUGCCGUGGAUGGCUGGCAGAGGCUGGAGAAGGGCGAGGUCUGGGAGGGUGGCAUGUUGGUCAAGAGCCACUUGUAGGAGAUAGCAGGGGCACCUCAUACACGAAAAAAAACUGAACAGGUCUGCGGACUACAUCAAGACAAAAACCUGCAAAGUGGGUGACCUAACGUCAACGUAGGCUCCAGGGUGUUCGGUUUUUUCCUAGGUUGGCUUGGGGGCAUGAAACCGUGCAUGGUUCCGGUU